CAGCAUGAAUAACAUCACAAGGCUACCAGAAGAUGCCUUCAAGAACUUUCCCUACUUGGAAGAGCUGCGACUGGCUGGCAAUGACCUUUCUUUUAUCCAUCCAAAGGCCUUGUCUGGUUUGAAAGAACUCAAAGUUCUAACCCUCCAGAACAACCAGCUGAAGACUGUACCUAAUGAGGCCAUCAGAGGAUUAAGCGGUUUGCAGUCCCUGCGUUUAGAUGCCAACCACAUCACUGCCAUACCAGAGGACAGCUUCGAGGGUCUGGUGCAGCUGCGUCACCUCUGGCUGGAUGACAACAGUCUGACAGAAGUUCCCAUCUACCCGCUCAGCAACCUGCCCUCUCUGCAGGCCUUAACGCUGGCCCUCAACAAGAUCACACACGUCCCUGACUAUGCAUUUACAAACCUCUCCAGCCUUGUUGUCCUACAUCUUCAUAAUAAUAAAAUAAAAACUAUAGGAAAGCACUGUUUUGAUGGAUUAGACAACCUUGAAACCUUGGAUUUAAAUUAUAAUAAUAUGGUAGAGUUCCCUGAAGCCAUAAAAGCUCUCCCAAGUCUAAAGGAGUUGGGAUUUCACAGUAACUACAUUUCCAUAAUUCCUGAUGGUGCAUUUGCAGGAAACCCCCUUCUACGAACGAUACAUUUGUAUGAUAAUCCUUUGUCUUUUGUGGGGAACUCAGCAUUUCAGAAUCUGUCAGAUCUGCAUUCCCUGGUCAUUCGGGGUGCCAGCAUGGUGCAGUGGUUUCCUAAUUUGACAGGAACCGUAAACCUGGAGAGCUUAACUCUAACAGGGACCAAGAUAAACAGUAUUCCUGUUAAUUUAUGCCAGGAGCAGAAGGUCCUUCGAACUUUGGACUUGUCUUAUAACAAUAUAAAGGACCUCCCAAGUUUUAAGGGCUGCCAUUCCUUGGAAGAAAUGGACCUCAGUAGAAAUCGGAUUCGUCAGAUCCACAAAGAAGCUUUUAUCUCUGUUGGAGCUCUUGUUAACCUAGACCUAAGUUUCAACGAACUCACUUCAGUUCCGACUGAAGGACUGAGUGGGCUGAACCAGCUUAAACUCACGGGCAAUUCUGAGCUGAAAGAAGCUUUGGCAGCAAAGAACUUCGCGAAGCUCCGGUCACUCUCUGUACCAUAUGCUUACCAGUGCUGUGCAUUUUGGGGCUGUGAUUCUUAUUUAAACUCUAAUGCUGAAGAUUCCAGUCACCAAGAUCAAGGUGCCUUGAUGGAUCGUGAGAAGGCUGAUGUUCUGAGAAAUGAGGAAAAUGAGGAACUGGGACAGACUAUUAUUCACUGUACACCAGCAACAGGUGCCUUUAAGCCUUGUGAAUAUUUAUUGGGCAGCUGGAUGAUUCGACUUACUGUCUGGUUUAUUUUUUUGGUUGCUUUGUUCUUCAACCUGCUUGUCAUGUUAACAAUAUUUGCAUCCUGUACUACAUUGCCAUCUUCCAAACUGUUUAUAAGCCUGAUUUCUGUCUCUAACUUAUUUAUGGGAGUCUAUACUGGUAUUUUAACUUUCUUGGAUGCUGUCUCUUGGGGAAGAUUUGCUGAAUUUGGCAUAUGGUGGGAGACUGGCAGUGGUUGCAGAGUUGCUGGGUUUCUUGCAGUCUUUUCAUCAGAAAGUGCCAUUUUUUUCCUGAUGUUGGCAGCUGUUGAACGGAGCUUCUCUGCGAAGGAGUUCAUUAAAAAGGGGAAAAGCAAUCGCCAGAAACAAUUCCAAAUUGCAGCAGUUUUUGCUUUCCUGUGUGCCGUGGUAGCGGGAUGCUUACCACUUUUUUAUAAAGCUGAGUACUCGGCAUCCCCCCUUUGCUUGCCCUUCCCCACUGGAGAAACGCCUUCACUUGGUUUCACAGUAACUUUGGUGCUCCUGAAUUCGUUAGCGUUUUUGCUAAUGGCUGUUAUCUACACUAAACUGUAUUGCAACCUGGAAAAAGAGGAUCUCUCCGAAAACUCCCAGUCCAGCACGAUUAAGCAUGUUGCUUGGCUAAUCUUCACGAACUGCAUCUUUUUCUGCCCUGUUGCGUUUUUCUCCUUCGCGCCGUUGAUCACCGCGAUUUCUAUCAGCCCCGAAAUCAUGAAGUCUGUCACUUUGAUAUUUUUCCCGCUGCCUGCCUGCCUGAACCCGGUCCUGUACGUAUUCUUCAACCCAAAGUUCAAAGAAGACUGGAAGAUGCUCAGGCGCCACCUGACCAGGAAGAACGGCGCGGUAGCAAUCGCCGUCAACGCUCAAGGGGGCUGCCCCACGCAGGAUUUUUACUACGACUGCGGCGUUUACUCCCACCUGCAGGGUAACAUCGCCGUGUGCGAGUGCUGCGAGUCGCUCCUUCUGUCCAAGCCCGUGCCCUGUAAACAUUUAAUAAAGUCUCAGAGCUGCCCCACGCUGGCAGUGGUGCCUUGCCAAAGGCCGGAUGGCUACUGGUCGGACUGUGGCACCCAGUCGGCCCACUCGGACUACGCGGACGAGGACGACUCCUUCGUGUCGGACAGCUCGGACCAAGUGCAGGCCUGUGGCCGCGCCUGUUUCUACCAAAGCCGAGGGUUCCCUUUGGUCCGCUACGCCUACAACAUACCAAGAAUUAAAGACUGAAAAGGCUUUCUGCCACCAGCUGUUCCAGCAAAGAGGUGUAAUGCUUUGCAGACUGUUGCCUGUUUUGACCUUUCGAGCAGGAAGCACUUUUGUAAUCAUUGUUUGGUGUCGUUUGUAAAGAAGGGAAGCGGGCAGCAACUUCUUGAGCCAUACAUUUAAAAAAAAAAAAUUUUAAACAAAUAAAUCAAUUGCCCUGAGUGUAAAUAAUUGGUAAACCAAAUUUGUUACCCGAUAUUUUUACUCUUUCCACGCAACAGUGGUUUCUUUUAUACGGUUUUUACAUGCUAACGGUGUGUUUCCACAUUGUGCUCCAGUUGUACUUUGCUUCUGCUGUUGGCGAGGUUAAGUUCUGUUGAUUUCCCUCCCACCCCCCCGCCAAAGCACAAUAUAAAGGACAGCUGUUUGAUAUUAUAGAAAUUAUUUUUAAAUGUAACUUUUCUAUAAUUAAGCAAAAAAAAAAAAUCUCUUGCUAGCUUUGUAUAGUGUAUUCAGCAUUGAAUCUCAGGAUGAAUUUUAUUGCAGGGCCAAAAAAGGGAUUAAUUCUCCCAUACGUAACUGUGACAGCAAUAUAGGAAUACUAUGUUUGUUUUGUAUUUUAAGCCAAUAUUCAAUUAAAAGAAAAAAGGGUUUGUUGCAGUAAAGCACUUGUAAUCCACAAUAUUCUAUAGAUUAGGGGAAUAAGAAUAUGAGGUUGUCAGGAAUAGUAGGGUUGAACAUGUUUUUCCAGUGAUGAUGCAUUACUUCAGGUGAACCACAGCAAGUUUCUUCAGUAUUAUGCAGUCAAGUCAUACCAUUGGAAGGAAUGUUGAUGUAUCAGGGGGUGUUAGCAGUGCUGUCAGUGUACACAGCUCAUGUCUUUGCAGAAAGACUGACUAAUGCUCUGCAGCCUGUUGAAUGUUACAGCACUCCAGUGAUACUUAUGGAUAGACUGAGCAAAUGGAGGGAAAAUGCAAAGCAAUUUGGCAAUGAAGAAAAGCAUUUUUCCAAUUAUUUUACUGAGAGUGAAGUACACUCUGUGAAGUCACUGAUUUUCACAUAAAUCAGUGCAAUCUUUUUAAACCAUUAAAGUCCUGAGACCCUAAUGAUUUAAGUACAAUCAGUGAUCCAUUUUCUCUAUAUUUAGUUUGAAAUCUGAUGGAUAUAAAGUUAUGAAUGCAUGAUUAAGUAUUUAUGUAUGUUUCUUGAACAAUACGCUAAAUCAAGAGCAAAUCCACUGCCGUCCCAGUCACUCUGGAGACAUUCUCAGUAAGAAUUAAAGCUAGAUUGCUGUUUUGAGAAUUAAACUGUACAUACUGUUCAUACAAUGAAUUUUUAUCUUUGUAUUGUAAGUUAUUUGAUAGAACCCAUGAUGGAAAAUGUGGCUUCAGUUCAUUUUGUUAAUUAAAGCUACCUCCUAAACAAUAGUGGCUGCCAGUAGCAGAGUGUUUAAAAUGUGGUUUAUAUACUUUUUGCAUUGUAAAUAGAUGUGGUUGUAUAUUGUCACUGUAAUAAAAACAGAAUCCUUGUAUAUCAAAAUCAUGUAGUUUGUACAAAGUAUGGGAGGAUUAUUUACUGUAUGCUGUUAAUUUUGUAAGCCAAAAUAUUCACGUGUAAAAAGGGAAGAAAACCAACCCAGAGUUGUUAAUUCUUAUAUUUACACUCAUGAAUAUUACAUCUGCAAUUAGCAUGGAAUGUUACACUGAAAGCAAAUAAAGGGUACAUGAACAUUGA